AUGAACACGAGGCUGGUCCAAACCAAUGCCAUGAAAGAACUCAUACCCGAAGCGGAAUCGGCGUUUGAUACUACAGAUCACGAGACGCUGAUGAAGCAUGUCAUGGAAAAGAUCACGACAGAGAGACAUCCUUCAGGCACAGCAGCUAUGAUGCCUCUUGAUCUAGGAGGAGUUGUCGACCCUGAGCUCAAGGUGUAUGGCACAUGCAACUUGCGUAUCGCUGAUGCUAGUGUUAUGCCCCUGAUUCCAUCAGCUCACCUACAAGCCAGUGUCUAUGCCAUUGCUGAAAAGGCGGCCGACAUGAUUAAAUCAGCCAAAUCGGAUUGCCGUAUUGGAGAACGACUUCCUUUCCCGCCUAGGUCGCGAACAACCGUUUGA